AGGGUCGCAAUUUGUGCUCCAGCUGAGACUGGCAAGAGGGCAGCAGCCGAGCCCGCCCUUGCGAGACAGAAGCGCGGCAAUAGCGAUGGCCGAGGGCGCCAAGGCAGAGAAGGUCCAGUGCUUCGGGCGCAAGAAGACGGCCGUGGCGGUGGCGCUAGUGCGCACGGCGAAGGAGGGCGCGAAGGGCGGCCAGAUCCGCAUCAACGGUUGCCCCAUCACCACGGUGAAGCCCGACAUCCUGCGCGUCAAGGUCUACGAGCCGCUCCUGCUCCUCGGGGCCGACAGGUGGAAGAAGGUGGACAUCCGGCUGCGCGUGAAGGGCGGCGGUUACACCUCGCAGAUCUACGCGCUCCGGCAGGCCAUUGCGAAGGGCAUCGUGGCUUACUACCAGAAGUACAUCGACGAGGCCUCCAAGAAGGAGAUCAAGGACGUCCUCAUGGCCUACGAUCGCUCGCUGAUCGUGGCGGAUCCGCGCCGCUGCGAGCCGAAGAAGUUUGGCGGCCGCUCGGCGCGCUCGCGCUUCCAGAAGUCCUACCGCUGAGUGCAUCUUGGAGCGGCGAGGAGCGUCGAUCUGUGGCGACGGGGCAAAGGAGCUCGGCUUGGCUCCUCCUCCUCCGCUGCAUUGCCAAACGUCCCCCAUUCGUCGAGGCUCC